AUGGAAAGCCAUCGUCUACAACAAGCGAUCAUUGAAGACUCACUGCCGAUACGAUAUCGUCUUACUGGGCCCUUCGACAUUAACGAUGAAGACAUCGAUACAGUCCCCUCAUCAAACGCUCAACCGAGGAGGCGGUCGACGAAACGCGUUGAGAUUGCAGAUUUCAUGGCUCUCCCCUGGUUUGGAUGGUUGUUCGUAUCCACUUUUCAGCUUACCUGCUUUUCGGUCAGUCGAUGCGUCGCUUUGAAGGCACUUGCCGCCAUGUACGACAGUCCUCAAUCUUACACGAUAAGUUUCAAAUUUGCCGCUUUGAGUCUUGGGUUCAUGGAGGACUUCAUCUGCACGAUCUAUUUGGUGUGCGCCUUGUGGCUGUUUGAUACGUGCAAGCUUGCAAUCAUUGAACGGUGGAAUUUUCCAAACCACGAGUCUCUCGCCCGCGCCGUUUGCCUUGGACAUGCUUCUUGCCAUCAAUUGGAAUUUGCGGUUCUCUAUGGAGCUUGUGGCCACUUUAAUCAGGGAGAAAGAAAAUAUCAAACGACAUUUGCUAGCUGGGCGGAUCUCGCUUGUUGGAACCCAUCGCACUUGAUAACGACCCGAUCCAAGACUCAAGAAAGACAUGCGCCUGGGAAGGUUUUCAAGCGCGCAAAAUACAACAAGCUACCGCUUGAAGAAGGACAGGACGUGGCCGAGCACGGAUCAAUCCCCAAGCUGUCUUCAGUGAACGCAAGACGACCAUACCGAUAUUUUAUUUUGAAUCAUGCUAUCCAAGUCACCGUUGUUUUGGUCGGUCUUGUUGUAAUCCCCGCGACUAUUGUGGCAGUACGUUAUGCAUUCUCACCAGUGGUGGCAUACGUGGCGCUCAACGCGACAGUGAAUGAGCUAUUGGAUCACGCACUACAGCCUUCUGCCGCAGGUGCUAUGUUUACGAAUGUGGAUGGCAAACAACCAUGGAUGUCAAAGUUUAUUCAUCCAACUGAGACAUACGAGCUUUUUGGAAAUCAUUCACUUUACCGUCGUACAACAGGGUUCCGUGGAGAUCUCGCCUUUGACGUUAAUGUCUCGAACGACAAUCCGCCAAACGUUAUUCUUGUUGUAAUUGAGUCUUUCCGUUUCCAGGAUUCGCGCUACAUGGUGGGAAAGGACGACCCGUCCUACCUGUUUAAGGGCACAAAUCUAACAAUUACACCAAACUUUGACAGAUGGGCAAAGCGCGGAGUUGCUCUUCGCAAUUUCUGGUCAAGCUAUCCUACAAGUCGUUCAGUGGAAAGCAUUCAGUUUGGUCAGGUUCCGUAUGACAGCAUGACGACACCCGGUAUUGCGGGAGAUCGAAACGAAACAAAACUAGCUGGUCUGCCUCAGCUCUUUUCGGCUAAGGGGUAUGAGACUUUUUUCAGUACUGGGAGUCGGAUUACUAUGGACAACUGGGAUAAGUUUCUUCCGACGCAUGGCUUUGAUACCGUAUGGGAACGGAAGACAAUGGUAAGACUUGCCGAAAUGCACCAUAACAUUUCCCGUGAGGAUUGGAGACGCCCGGCGAAGCGAGAGUUCCGAUGGGGUGUUCAUGAUGACUUGAGUUUUGAUAUUCUUGGUGAUCUGCUCGUAAACAAGACAAACAGACAGAAAGAGCGAGUGGCCAGAGGUGAGCCUAAGAAGCCAUUGUUCAUCACGCAUUAUACCAUCUCUUCUCACGAUCCAUUUACUCAGCUGCCUACAUGGUACGUGAAGUCUGAGAAACCCGAUUUUUCCGACCUUUACAACGGAGAGAACCGCGCAAAAAAGAUUCAGAGCUAUUAUGAAGCGCGCUACUUCACUGAUGUACAGCUUGGCAAGUUCUUAGACCGCAUGGAGGCCCAGGGUAUUCUUAACGACAGUAUUGUUGUCGUUAUGGGUGACCAUGGCGCUGCACCUGAGGUUGAGUUUGUACGCAGUAGAGAGGAAGCCGUGACGCGAGUACCAGGCGUGAUCAUUGCAGAAGGGCGAUUAGGAAAGGCUGCAGGAACGAUGAUCGAAGACGCGGCAGAACAGUACGAUAUUCUCAAUACGCUGGCGGAUAUUACGGGUGUUCCAAAAGAAGGAUUCAUUCAAGAUGGUGUUGGACGUUCCCUUAAGCGCAAGGUUGCGUUUGGCGAGCGUGUGGUCUAUAGCAACUUGCCAGGUUACAGGAUGUCUAUUGUACGUGGCCAUCUACGUCUGCGCUACGACAAUAUAAUUGACACGAUGUGGAUGCACAAUACUGAGAACGACCAUGAGAUGGCCGAAGAUCUUUUUCCAACGCUUUCUUAUCAACAACGAGCAGAAUGGAAUGUUAUGCGUGCAAAUGGUCGUCAUAUUGCUGCAUACUACAAAAAGAGUUGGGACGACAAUUGUUUGCUAGCUACUAGUUGCAACUAA